UGAAAACUUUUUCAAAAUUUGAAAUGUCUCAUUUUUUAAUGGAUCAAAAUUUAUCAAAAAUUCUCAUCGCUUUUGUUUGGCGCAUGCGUCCCAAAAAUUUACAAUUGGCUACCAAACUCAAAAACCUCGUUGUACAACUUUUUAAUCAUAGAAAACAAAUUCGUUAUCAAUUAUCAAAACUCGAGAAAAAGAUGUUCUACAAAAUGGAGCGUAUAAUUCGACAGUGUUUAUAAAACUAUCAACGAUGAUACUCACCACAAAAGUGAGGAAACGCGUGUUUCAAGUAUUUUUCGUAUUUCUAUUCCUUUCGAUACAGUCAUUUUUACGAGAGGCGAUUAAAAUCGGCUAUCAUGUAAUGACAGAUCGUCCGGAGAAAUAUUUUGUCAUUGGUAAAUACGAUUGGCAAUCGUCGACCUUAUUCAAAGCUCAAAUCGGAUUUUCAAUGCUUCACGUCAUAAUGCAAAUACCAGCUGGAAUGUGGGCUCAACAGUACGGUGCUAAGGUGGUGAUGCAGUUAUCAAUGUUGUACUGUGCUUCGAUUUCAUUUGUGACUCCUUUCGCGAUCAUAUUCGGAGGACCUAUUACGCUUAUCGUCUUCGUAUCAUUGCAAGGGCUCGGACAGGGUUGUUUUAUUCCAAGUUUUUACGUAUUCACGUCUCAAUGGGUGCCGUUGCAACAUCGUAGUUUCAUUUUUUCCGCAGCUUUCGGAGGAUUACAUUUUGGCACAGCGGUCGGAAUUCCAAUAAUUGACACUAUUUGCCACACCAAACUAGGCUGGUUAUCUGGUUAUAUUCUGUCCGCUUUGAUGGGAUUAUCCUGGGUCAUCUGUUCAGUGUACACGAUGAAAAGCUGGGUCAUCAGGGAAAGAAUAUCGAUGAAUACGAGAGAUCAAUACGAUACGAUAUUCGAAGUGAUCGAUAUAUCGGAGAAAGGAGUGACCAUAUCUGUGCCGUGGAAACGAAUCAUGACCUCGAUACCGUUCUGGAGCACCAUGCUGGAUCAUUUUGGUUCCGUUUGGAUAAGUGGUGUUUUUCUGCAAGAUCAUGCUUUCUUGAAUAGGCAUCAUCAUAUGCAAUCUGUACACGACGAUUUCGCUACUUUGAAUUUACUCUCGUUCAUCAUGAUAUUCGUCUACGGUUCGAUCAUGAUAUCAACCAAAAGAUUCAAUUUUCAAAGAAUCACUAGACGGCGCGUCAUGAGCAGCAUAGCAUUAUGGGGUGGAAGCAUAUUACUCUUCAUCAUAUCCGCAUUCAAACCGAAAAAUACAAUUUGUCGAAUCAUCUAUCUGAUGGGAGCAGCUUUUUCAGCGAGCGCAUAUUGCGGUGUAUUCCUCAACCACGACGAAUUAUCACCUUUUUUCGCCGGUACUUUGAUGGGUAUCUCGAACGUCGUAGGAAACACCGCGAACAUAUUUCGAUCACUCGUGCAAAACUACAUUGUCACCAAUCCAGAUUCGAACGAUCAAUGGCGACUGAAUUUCUUGGCCAGUUCGACAGUGGUGUUUUUCGCUAAUUUACCCUUCGUGAUGUACGGUUCAUCCGAUGAGCAACCCUGGUCACCGAAAUUCGACUACGCUUAUUACGAAGAAGAAGAAGAAGACAACAGUAGUAACCCUCAGAUCGUCGAAGGCCGAGGAAGACGUGCAACUCUACAAGAAGAUAAGCCGACGUCGUCGCUUAGCAAAUCAAAAUCAACUAAGAAGCAUUUGAAAACGAAAAAAACCAAAAAGCAUUCGAAUAAAGCGCUACGGUUACCCAAAAAGAAAUCACGCUUGGUUCACAAAAGAUGGAAGAAAUAAUAAGUACAUAUUAAUUUAAAGAAUAAAAUAAAACUUUUGAAAUAUU